ACUCUUUCUAUUCCUUUUUUAAUGUAUAGUCCACAAUUUUAUUGGUGUUAUGUGAUUCUCAUCAUUCUUCUGACAUUAGUUUGGUUCCAAUGGAAGAGGCAAAGGACAUCAGCUCUUCCACUUCCACCUGGACCUACGGCUUGGCAUAUUGUACGAAACGUUUUUCAGCUCGCUAAAAGGCCUCAUGAGUCUCUCUCUAAGUUUUCUCAGAAAUACGGACCGCUCAUGAGUUUCCGUCUGGGCAUUGAAACAGUAGUGGUGGCCUCGUCUCCUGCCAUGGCGAAGGCGAUUCUCAAAACCCACGACCAUAUCUUUGUUGGGCGGACAGUCAUAGAAGCAGCCAAAGUCUUUUCCCACCACAAGUCGUCCUUAGCGUGGGGUGAGUAUGGACCUCACUGGCAGUAUCUCAGACGAAUUACAACAGUUGAACUUUUCAGCCCAAAAAGACUAGAUGCUCAGGAACAUGUCAGAAGAAGCGAGUUAUUUCACACAGUUCGGCUGAUUUUUGAGAGCAAGGGAAAGGCUGUAAAUAUUGAGCAUAUGGCGUUCUUCAACUCUAUGAAUGUGUUAGGCAAGAUGAUCUUCGGUACAAGCUUGAUGGAUCCAUACAAUCCAGCUUCUGUGGGGUUCAAGGAUACCAUGGCGAAGACGAUGAAGCUUUUUGGAACGGCCAAUUCGUCGGACUAUCAUCCUUUGUUUAGGUUAGUGGAUCCUCAGAGUGUGUCCCGUCAGGUGGCAAAGCAUAUGAAGAGGUUAUAUGACUUCAUUGAUUUGUUCAUACAAGAUAGGAUUUCCACCAAAAACAUAAUGCGUCCGCACAAUGACUCCGACAAAGAUUUUCUCGACGUUCUUCUCGAUAUGAGAGCCGAGGAUUUCACUCUCUUUGAUGUUAGAGCCUUGAUUUUUGAACUGCUAAUGGCGGGUACUGAUUCGACUACUACUACGAUCGAAUGGGUAAUGGCAGAACUCAUUCGCAAUCCGGAGAAAAUGAAGCGAGUGCAGCAAGAGUUAGAUGGGGUAGUUGGUCUCGAGCGAAAAGUGGAAGCAUAUGAUAUAAAUCGGUUGUUCUAUCUGGAUGCGGUAGUGAAAGAAACAUUCCGAUUGCACCCGACGGUUCCUCUGCUACUGCCCCACAAAGCUAGGAAAGAUUGUGAAAUUGAGGGAUAUAUGAUACCCAAAGACGCUCAAGUGCUGGUGAAUUUGUGGGCAAUAGGAAGGGACCCUGCGACGUGGAAGGAGCCUUUUGAAUUUAUGCCGGAGAGGUUUUUGGAAGGUGAGAAUAGUGAGAUAGACUACAAGGGACAUAAUUUUGAGCUAAUUCCGUUUGGAGCUGGACGAAGAGGAUGCGUGGGGCUUCCUUUCGCGCUCCGUAUGGUUCAUCUGGUUUUGGCUUGCUUCCUUCAUUCGUUUGAAUGGACUCUUCCUCAUGAAAUGACUCGCGAGCAGAUGGACAUGAGCGACGAGUUUGAACUGGCAUUAAAGAAAGCUUCAGAGUUGAUUGCAAUCCCCAAACCCCGUCUCCCACACUACGUUUACUAGUGUCCAUCGACCAUCAUAGACCGUGUUUUUCCACUUGUUCCUUCUGUUAUCGUUAGAUUUGUUUCUAUAUAGUUAUUUACUAGCGGUUGGACCUCAGGAAGGUCCAAUUUGUACUGCCGAUAGCAAUUGGACCUACUGCUGUUAUCUCUUGGUCCUUUUUCUUGACCUCUGUGUGCUUUACAAAUGAUUCUUUGAUACUGUCCCUUUUUUGGUGCUAAGAGUGCUCACGGUGUUGGCUCCCAUAUUAGCUCUGUCCAUUUUAUGAUUUGUGGUAAGUUGUCUUAUACCCUUUUAAGAUUGUUGUCACUGCUCAAUAUGCGCUGUUCUUGACUUUGGACGGUUAUGGAUAGUGAUCUUGUAAGGUGCAAGAUAAAAUCCUUGAAAUGGGCUAUAGAUUUACAAAUUUACUCAUGACAUGCCCCAAUGUCUCGUUUGAGGUAGUACUACUGGGCUGCAUAUAAGUGAAAUAUUUGGAUGAAAUAAUGUACACAAUAUGAGUAGUACUACUUGACUGCAUGUAAGUGAAAUAUUUUAAUGAAAUUAAAUUGGUUGCCAAUGCUUGCUAGCCUUAAAUGAUUAUCUGGUUGCAAAAAAUUCAUUUACAGCAAGGGCAUUUUGGCCGUAAGAUAGUGGGGAGCACCAAUAUGCCCAAAUCCACCAGCUGGGUACAUCCUCUGUUGAAGAAACACAACAACUAAAGCAAAUGAGCCAAAUGUUUGUGAGAUGAUCAUAUUCCGACCCAGUGAUGCUACGAGUUUGAAGAGCCCCAAUACCAUUUGAUGGAGCGCAAAAAAGACAAGUAUUUCCCUAAAAAAUCUGCAAAAAAAACUGCAAACAAGGUGUUAAAGCAUAAAUCCAAUAUUGUCCAUUAUGAAAUGUCAUCAUGCAAACAAACUGUUAUUUUCUGACAGAACUGUAGAAAAAUAAAUCACUGGAUCAAAUAGUCUGUAUUCUAUUCACCUAC